UUGUUGGGGCGAUGAUUAAAUUUGUGCAAGUAUAAUGCAAAAGAUAAAGCGAAUUGUGAUCAACCUAGGGCACUAAGCAUUUACUUGGCAGAAACGCUAGAUCCGUUAAAUGUGGCUUGAAUAUUUUGAAAAUCGAUCGAUAUUUGGAAACGAAGAAGUUGCAAAGUAGCAGCGGUGUGUGUUUGUGUAUGAUUGCAUAUGCAGGGUGAAAUACAUUUGUGUGUGUACAUGCCUGUGUACUAAUAGAAAACUCCAGCCACUAAAAAAAGCACAGCACCAACAACAACAAUAACCGACCAUAGCAAAAAUGUCUACAGCGUCUGCAAACUUUUUGGGGAUGGAGCUUGUCUCAUCACUACCCACUGAUAUUCGCGAAAAAUUGGCCGAAUUGGAUUUGGAACUAUCCGAAGGAGACAUUACACAAAAAGGAUACGAAAAGAAACGUGCAAAAUUAUUGCAACCCUUUCUGAAGAAACCGGAACCAAAUGAUGUGGAAAAGGUAAAGAAUUUGCCUCCACCGCCAUACUACAACAUAAAAGAUUCAAACAAUAGCAACAGCAAUGUAAACAUCGAUGGCGUCAUCAUCUCCAGUGAGGGGUACAGUUAUGUUACUGAGGUACCUUCACUACCCUCAUCACAACAAAGGCAUUCCAAAAAGUCUGACUUCCACCAACCCGCAUCAUCAUCAACACCUCAGAGCGGAGCUGGGGCGCCUGGCUAUGAAAAUAUGCGACCGCAGGGUGGCGCUGUCGGAGAUCCCGGUUAUCAGAAUACACGCGAACCAAACACAUUUCAGAACCUUGCUCACCAUCCUCCAACAAAUAGCAGCCAGCAUCGACAACGCCGGACUCAACGAAAAGUUACGCACAAUGAGAAGCGAUAUCAUUCUGAGGUUCGACAGGAAGCUGUGCAGCAGGCACUGGCUGCUCUCAAAGGUCGACCAAAGCCCAGUCUGCCAAUGCCCUCAAAACGUAGUUCCGUGCUUAAUCGCAGUCCAGGGUGUAACGAUGAUUUGGACUCAUCCACUGAUGACGAAUCUAUACCUGAGGAGCUUAUUUCACCCGAUAAAGAAUAUAAUUAUCCUCGUGAUCACAUUAGCAACAGCAUGUUACCUCCGGAACCAAUAAUAAAGCCACCAAUACGUGAAUCAUCAAUGGGCGUGCAGCAUCAUCAUUUACGACACGAGGUCAAACAAUCUCAAGCGUCAGCUCAAAAAUAUCCAUCGUCGAGCAGCGGUAGUGUUGCAGAACGACGGCCACCGCAGAAUUUGCCGCCUCUGCCCACUUCGGAUACUUCGAGCACAGAUUCGCCGCCAAUUGCAUACAAGAGAGAUACUGAAUUGACUGAUAAGGCUUACAAGCAUAAGCAUUUCAACGCCCCCGACAUAACCCAGUUCAACAACGCACAUCGCAUAGCAGACCGUGUCACACGUUAUGUGAACGUUUCUCAAACCGAGCUAAAUGAAACUGACGCGAAUGGAAAAUGGAAAGUAUCGGCCAAGAUUCAACAGUUGCUGAACACACUCAAAAGGCCCAAGCGACGACCGCUACCCGAGUUUUAUGAGGACAACGAUAUUGAGCUGGAGAUUGCUGCCAAUCCAAAGGAUCCGAAUGCACCGAAGCCCGAAGGCAGCACAAUGACGCCGGUGCAAGGCGAACAACUUUCUAUACCGGCUGGACUGCCUCGUACAUUAGAGUGUGCGCUUCAGCGCUAUGGCAUGAAUUCGUUCAAGAGUUCGAUGGCAACGGUAUUGGAUCCUAAUGGUAAAAUAACCACCACUCUGACCUAUGGAAAGCUGCUCUCGCGCGCACAAAAGAUCGCCUACGCACUGUCCACGAAGAUUUUCAGCAAAGGGCCCGAGCAGGUAACGCUGAAACCAGGUGAUCGUGUAGCAUUGGUAUAUCCAAAUAAUGAUCCACUGAGUUUUAUAACAGCUUGGUAUGGUUGCAUGUUUCGCGGUUUGGUGCCGCUGCCAAUUGAGUUACCGCUCUCCAGCUCAGAUACUCCACCACAGCAAGUGGGAUUCUUGCUUAGUUCAUGUGGGAUAACCGUAGCCCUCACCUCUGAAGCCUGCUUGAAGGGUCUACCCAAGUCGGCAACUGGUGAAAUAGCCAAACUGAAAGGUUGGCCACGAUUACAAUGGUUUGUGACCGAGCAUUUACCCAAGCCACCCAAAGAUUUCAAUGUGGGCAAUUUGCGUAUUGAAGAGACGGCAGCUGCGUAUAUCGAGUAUACUACAGAUAAGGAAGGCAGUGUAAUGGGCAUAACUGUUAGCCGCGCUGCUAUGAUAAAUCACUGUCGUGCUCUGACAAUGGCCUGCCAUUACACUGAAGGUGAAACAAUUGUGUGCGUUUUGGACUUCAAGCGAGAGGUUGGCUUGUGGCAUGCCGUUUUGACAUCCAUACUCAAUGGUAUGCAUGUGGUGUUUAUUCCCUACGCUCUGAUGAAAUUGCGGCCUUCGUCUUGGAUGCAACUGAUAACUAAACAUCGUGCAUCUUGCUGCUUGGUGAAGAGCAGAGAUCUUCAUUGGGGCCUACUAGCCACUAAGGAUCAUAAGGACAUCUCGCUAGCUUCGCUGCGCAUGCUGCUUGUAGCUGACGGUGCCAAUCCUUGGUCGUUGUCAUCAUGCGAUCAAUUUUUAAAUGUUUUCCAAGCCAAGGGAUUGCGAUCAGAUGCAAUUUGUCCGUGUGCCAGCAGCUCCGAGGUCUUUACUGUCUCCCUGCGUCGACCGGGUCGCUCGUCUACCACCGGAUUCAGUCAAUCGGCCACUGGACGCGGCGUACUAUCCAUGGCCGCCCUCUCACACGGUGUUGUUCGUGUCGAUAGCGAAGACUCUUUGACUUCCCUUACUUUGCAGGACUGCGGCCAAGUUAUGCCAGCUGCCCAAAUGGUGGUUGUGCGCUCGGAGGGUGCACCAGUACUCUGUAAAACGGAUCAGGUUGGCGAGAUUUGUGUGACGAGUGGCUCGACUGGAGCCAGUUACUUUGGCCUCGACGGCAUGACGAAUUCAACAUUUAAGGUGCAACCGCUACUUGAGGAUCCAGAGUUACCCAAGGACGGCGGCGGCACAAUUGUGGGCAACCCUAAGCCCAUAAGCGAGGAGAACUAUGUGCGUUCAGGUCUCUUGGGCUUCCUUGGCCCCGGUGGCUUGGUUUUUGUGUGCGGCUCACGUGAUGGCCUCAUGACGGUCACCGGACGCAAACAUAAUGCAGAUGACAUCAUUGCCACGGUGCUGGCUGUUGAACCGAUGCGAUUUAUAUAUAGGGGACGCAUUGCCGUAUUCAGUAUAAAAGUGUUGCGCGACGAGCGAGUCUGCGUCAUAGCUGAGCAGCGACCCGACUGCUCGGAGGAGGAAAGUUUCCAGUGGAUGUCACGCGUGCUGCAAGCUGUUGACUCAAUACACCAAGUUGGCAUUUAUUGUCUAGCACUUGUGCCGCCCAAUCAUUUGCCGAAGACCCCACUUGGGGGCAUACAUUUGUGCGAGGCUAGACGUCGCUUUUUGGAGGGAUCACUGCAUCCGGCAAAUGUUUUAAUGUGUCCGCACACAUGCGUCACCAAUUUGCCCAAGCCACGUGAACUGCAUCAAGGUGUGCAAACUACUGCAAAAUUAAGCUCAUCAUCUGGCUGUGGUAUUACAGACACGGGUGUAGGACCCGCCUCCGUCAUGGUUGGAAAUUUAGUGCAGGGCAAUCGCUUAGCUGUUGCACACGGACGCGAUGUAGGAAUGGCCGAAGACGGUGAACGUAAGCCGCAAUUAAUAACUGGAGUUUUGCGUUGGCGAGCCAACACCUCGCCAGAUCAUGUAAUAUUUACGUUGCUAAACUCAAAGGGAGCCAUAGCAAAAACGCUUACCUGCUCUGAACUGCACAAGCGAGCCGAAAAAAUUGCUGCCCUUUUGCAGGAACGUGGCAAAAUUGAACCAGGGGAUCAUGUUGCCCUCAUAUUUCCACCUGGAUUGGACUUACUGUGUGCAUUCUAUGGCUGUCUUUAUCUUGGCGCAAUACCGAUAACUAUUAGGCCACCGCAUCCACAAAAUUUAAUCACAACGCUACCCACAGUUCGUAUGAUUGUCGAUGUUUCCAAAAGCGGAAUUGUGCUCUCUAUACAGCCAAUUAUAAAGUUAUUGAAAUCAAGGGAGGCGGCGUCAUCAAUUGAUCCAAAGACAUGGCCACCCAUUCUGGAUAUCGAUGAUAAUCCAAAACGUAAAUUGGCCGGUAUAGCCACAGUCUUGUUGGACUCCAGUGCAUAUUUAGACUUCAGUGUGUCUACCUGUGGGCGUUUAAGUGGUGUCAACAUAACGCAUCGAUCUCUGUCUAGUCUGUGCGCCAGUUUAAAACUGGCCUGUGAAUUGUAUCCUUCCCGUCAUGUCGCCUUAUGUUUGGAUCCUUAUUGUGGACUUGGCUUUGUAAUGUGGACUCUUAUUGGUGUAUACAGCGGACACCAUUCCAUUCUCAUUGCCCCCUAUGAAGUGGAGGCCAAUCCAAGUCUGUGGCUCUCAACGCUCUCCCAGCAUCGCGUACGUGAUACAUUCUGCUCAUAUGGAGUCAUCGAGCUGUGCACCAAAGCGUUGAGUAAUUCAGUGCCAUCGCUCAAGCAGCGCAAUGUCGAUUUGAGAUGCGUGCGCACAUGCGUUGUUGUUGGAGAGGAACGUCCGCGCGUGACCCUGACACAGCAGUUUUGCAAACUAUUCCAAGGACUGGGACUGAACACACGCUGUGUGUCAACUUCCUUUGGAUGUCGCGUUAAUCCAGCCAUAUGUGUGCAGGGUGCAAGCUCGGCUGAGAGCGCACAGGUUUAUGUUGAUCUAAGGGCAUUGCGCAAUAAUCGUGUUGCCCUGGUGGAGCGAGGAGCGCCAAAUUCGUUGUGUUUAAUUGAAUCCGGCAAACUGCUGCCUGGCGUAAAAGUAAUCAUUGCAAAUCCUGAAACUAAAGGACAUUGCGGCGAUUCGCAUUUGGGUGAAAUUUGGGUGCAAGCACCACACAAUGCUAAUGGAUAUUUUACCAUAUACGGCGAUGAGACGGACUAUAAUGAUCAUUUCAACGCUAAAUUGGUCACUGGUGCUACUUCUGAGAUGUAUGCACGUACUGGUUAUUUGGGUUUCUUGAGACGCACGGAGUGUUCUCAGGCCGCUUCUGUAUUAGAUGAAACCACACCAAGUGUGGCGAGUCGUGACAGUGAUACAGAGUCUUUAAACUCCAUGAAUCAACUGCAAUUGAACUUUUCAAAUACUUCUCUGGGUGGCAAUUCCGAGCAUAGUCUUGUGGGUGGUGCCGUCAAUUCCAAUGAUCAGGAGCUCCAUGAUGCUGUUUAUGUUGUUGGUGCUUUGGACGAAGUUAUUUCGCUGCGAGGCAUGAACUAUCAUCCAAUAGAUAUUGAAAAUUCUGUGCUACGCUGUCAUAAGAAAAUUGCCGAGUGCGCCGUUUUUACAUGGACAAAUUUAUUGGUUGUAGUUGUAGAAUUAGAUGGUAACGAAUCGGAAGCGCUUGACUUGGUACCCUUAGUCACAAACACUGUUCUGGAAGAGCAUCAGCUUAUUGUGGGUGUCGUUGUCGUUGUUGAUCCAGGUGUAGUACCCAUUAAUAGUCGUGGAGAAAAGCAGCGUAUGCACUUACGGGAUGGUUUUCUGGCCGAUCAGUUAGAUCCCAUUUAUGUUGCAUAUAAUAUGUAAAUAGUAUUACAACGCUAUACAUAUGAAAACCAAUUAUUUAUUAAUCACCAUACAAGGAAUUCUCUUUGUAAUCGCGAAAUCAUUAGAUUUGCAUGAUUUAGACUUAUCAACAUUGACACAAGUAAUCGAACUAAAUUAUUUACUGAUUUCCACAAAAAACGAUUUACUUACAACAUAGCUGCUACGAAAAUUACUCUAUCUCCACCUCCAAUUACAUCCCCCCUCCCCCACACAAUACACAAUAAUAUUUAAACUCAAUGACACUAUCUAUACAAGUGACGAGAACAAAAAAAUUAAUAUAUUAAUAACGACUUUCUAUGUAAAAUGCAAUAAAACAUUUAUUUAUAUUAUA